GGCUGGCUCGUGACGACAGACAGACAGACUUAUAGACACAAAAAGGUGGAAGUGAAAGCGUGAGUGUCAGUCGCUCUGUCACACAGUAGUCAGAGAAGAUGGAGAAGUUUAAGACGGUUCUGGACAUCGCUACCAAGCAGAACAGCCUCGGGUUCGGGGCGGUCGCCCUGGUGACAGCGGGCGGGGAGCAGUUCUUCUCCGUGGCGAUGUUCUCUUGUCCCUGCAAUGACCUGAACUUCCUCUACGGGAUGGUGUUCCUGCUGGUACCCGCCCUGGCUCUCCUGCUGCUGGGUUACAUCCUGAGUAAGAAGACGUGGAAGACGCUGACGGGUGUGUGCCAGCGCCGGGCCGCGCUGUGCCGCAGGAGGAGGCUGACCGUCGUCUGCGCGGCCCUCUUCCAGGUGAGCAGCGCCGCGCUGGUGGCGCCUGCCAGCUGGAUCGCUGUGGCUCUGAUCAACGGGAAGUACUAUGAGUGUGCGAUGACCGGGACCAAUGUGACCGCUUACAACAAGUACCUGUGUGGAGAGAAGGGCUCUCGGCUCCAGUGUCUGCAGGAGCUGUACAGGCUGCCCUGCGGGACAGGCACCAGUGUCCCGCAGAUGGACAGGCAGAAUGUCCUGCUCACCCUGAAAGCUCAGUCUCAGAUUCUGGGUUUGCUGCUCGUCACCUCUAUCAUGUUGUCCAGUCUGCUGCUGACCUGUGUGGCUCGGUGCACCUCCCCCAUCAGUUACCUCCAGCUCCGCUUUUGGAGAGACUAUGUCCACGAAGAGAGCAGCCUGAUGGAUUCAUACACCACCAAACACGCCAAACAGCUCGCUGAGAGGAACGUGAAGAGCUUCUUCUACAAGACACCGCCCGAAGAAAUCAUCACCCCUUCCAACAAGGACUGGGAGAAGAUCUCCUCCCUCUACACGUUCAGCACCAAUGACAACUACUACAGCACCUUGCACCGGGUGAUGGAGGACUGUCAAGAGGCCGACAACGGGAUGAUAAGGUUGACUUCGGUCAAGUCAAAUGAUUCUGGUGGCCGCGCCCCUGCUGUUCUUAGUUUUGUAGAUGAUGGCUCGGUGUGACAAGAUUUCAGCAUCAAAGGAUGUCUGAGUUAGGGUUAGAACAGUUUGCUGAUACAUGAAUUAGGCUAUAGCCUACUGUGAAGUGCUCAUAGUGCAGGUCUGGCUCUGAGGAGUUCAUUCAAAGAGCCAAGGGGCAGUAGGUCAAAAUCCAAAGUAUAGGACAAACUGAAAUUCUGACCUAAUGAUGGCACUAGAUGAAAAGAGUCAGAUUAUUAUUCUAACUGUCUGACAUUCUAAAUGACUGGGCUGAAACGGGAAAUGGACCACUUCCUGUGCACUGCUGGUAGACCGCAUACAAACAGUAUACAUGUACACAUUCAGCACGUGAGCUUCAGUGAUGAAAUGAAUGUAUUCAUAUGUGACGGUCUGUACAGUUAUUGUAAAACUCAAAGUGAUGGCUUUAAUAAUAAUAAUGAUGUGCUUCAUAUGUUCACUGCUUCCUGUAUAAUGCACUGUGCGUGAUUCAGUCUGAGUACUUCACUCUUGUGGUAAUGGAACAGAGAAACCACUUCCUCACUCUGCUGCUGAUGCUGACUGCCUCUCUCUGUUUCUGCAACAACUGGCACUGUAUGUUCUCUACCCAAACAUUUCAACAGAAGGAAGGAUUUUCUGCACGUUUGUUUUCCCCCUUUGCACAUUUUUUAAAUUCCAGAACAAAAACGACUGAUUUCAUCCUUGUUGAAUGAUGAUGAGACGUGUUUGUUGUGUCUGGUGAGCGUGUGUGUGCAUGAAGAGAAACAAAUCCACUUUGUCAAACUUCUCAUUGCAUAUAAAUGGAUGACUGCUUCAUAUAAAAGUGAUUAGAAACAGA